CUGGCCUAGCAGAAGGGUUUUUGUGCUUUUUUUUUUUUUUUUUUUUUUUUUUUUUUUUUUUUUUUUUAAUUUUUGUUUUCUGAACCCUGUGAGAUUUCAUGUGAAAACACUUCCUACAGCCUCGCAGCUGUGAGCCCUGUGGGCUGGAGGCAACAGCUCUCCCUCUGUGGCCAGGCCAGCAGGAGAAUUGUACCCCAGGCUGCCCUGCAAGUGUGGGGCCCGGCCCCACAGCAUUCCCGGCCAGCGUGGCUCAGGCUUCUCCCCUCAGCUCUCCCAGCAGCGGAUCGGAGGCCUGUGGCCCACCCACCACCAUGGCAGCCAAGCAGCCCCCACCGCUGAUGAAGAAGCAUAGCCAGACUGACCUGGUGAGCAGGUUGAAGACACGCAAGAUCCUGGGGGUCGGUGGCGAGGAUGAUGAUGGCGAGGUCCAUCGCUCCAAGAUUAGUCAAGUCCUGGGAAAUGAAAUCAAGUUUGCUGUCCGGGAACCCUUGGGGCUCAGGGUCUGGCAGCUGGUUUCCGCCGUCAUGUUUUCCGGGGUGGCCAUCAUGGCCCUGGCUUUCCCUGAUCAGCUCUAUGAUGCCAUCUUCAACGAGGAGUCAGUGAGCAGCAAGACUCCCAUCCGGCUCUAUGGAGGAGCCCUACUCAGCAUCUCGCUCAUCAUGUGGAACGCUCUAUACACGGCUGAGAAAGUCAUCAUCCGCUGGACCCUGCUGACAGAGGCGUGUUACUUUGCCGUGCAGUUCCUGGUUACCACCGUCUCCCUGGUUGAGAGCAGCCGAAUGGCCACGGGUGCUGUACUCCUCCUGGUCAGCCGAGUCUUCUUUGUUCUCAUCAGCAUUUAUUAUUAUUACCAAGUUGGACGCCGUCCCAAGAAAGUCUAAUUCCUGGGCUUUUUGUCAUGGGAAGGGUGGGAGGGGGGGUUUGUGUCGGUAAUUUUGCAUUAUAACUUUUCUUUUGUUAGUCCCUUUUUGUUAUAAAGUGAUCUACUUCCUUUCCACUUACCGGCAUGAAUCAGUGUGUAACUCGGUGCUGGUGGCAUUGUCAGGUGAUGUCUGGGGAGAGCAGCAUCCUGCGGAACCCCCAGCAGCCCCUGUGCAGGUGGCAAGUGAAGAGCAUGAGGUGGGCUCAGGGAAAGGAGCCAGGUUCCUGGAGAACUGGCUGAUGGGAUCACAGGCUCUGAAACCCUUAAACAAAGCACAAAACAAGAAACCAAAUCUCUGUCCAGUGAAGGACUCGUCUGCUCUCUUUGGUGAGUCUCACAUGUGCCUCUUGGCAUGCAUCCUCGUGUGCCUGGCCCAUGUCCCUGUUAGCACGUGCUGACUGCUUGUCUGGAUGGGAGAUUGUUGGGGGUCAGUGCUGCUGAGUUUGCAGACAGCUGUUCUUCCCUUGCUGCUGGAGAUGCUAGUCCUGGUUUUAUUUUUGCACUGGGUGCUUGCAAAGCUUGGCAGGAGAGGCAGUGAAAGAAACUCCUUGCUUGUUCCCCAUGUAGGGACAGCACUGGGAACAGUGGCACAGCUUGAACUAUACUAGGUGAGAAGUAAAGGAAACUACUGAAAAAAGCCUGUUAAGCAGAGACAUCCCUUUGGUUGGGAUGUUUCAUGACGUUCCUAGGCCAGCAUCCUGUCUCCUUCAUCCCAGCACACUUCUUACAGCAGCAGCUUUGCAGUAGUUUUGGUAGUGGUGACUGUGAGGCAGAGGGGAUGUGGCUUCAGUUAAGUGGGAACUGGAGUCUGUUGUGAAAGCAGUGAGUUUGUCGGACCAAAGCUUGUCCCACUGAGGUGCUUAGGAUACUGUUCAACUGCUACAAAGAACAGCACAGGUGGAGCAGCAUAUGAAGGCAUUACUGUCAAUUAGCAAAGGACUGAAUGUUCUGUAGAGUUCACUGGCCAGUUUCUCCUACAUCUCCUGGGCUUAACAGCACUGGGAGCCCAACUUCUUAGUGCUUUCCUUGUAGAUUAUCCUUGUCCACAGCUGGAGGCUGCAUUGUUGUUCUCUGUGGGACUGAAGCCAGAAGGGCUGCAACAGGAUACGGACUUAAUGGGCUACUGCUGGCAGGAUCAAAGUGAGCCCUGGAACUGAGCUGAUAUCCCAAAGUCCCAGUAGAAGGAUGCCUACGCAAACAGUGCUUGUGUGACCAGCAGACCUCAGAUCACUGGUGAGACAGGGAGCUACAGCUGUUUGCUGUCUGGUACCUUAUAGAGUUAGAAGAAGCUAGCAGGUAGUUACUGUAUGGUGUGUUUGUGUUGUGGGCGUUUAGAAGCAGCUGCCUUGGUGUUGGAACACUGGAUGUGAUGCAUGUGUUGGCCAUGCAGUGUCAGGUAAGAACAUUGGGAGUAGCUGAACCAGGAAACAUUGCAAAUUUUUCCUACAAAUUAAUCCAAGGCAGAGGCAACAUCCAGCAGCAGGCUGAACGCUGGAGCUUCCUACUCUGCCAAGCUGCUUUCAACAAGUCCAAAACAGGAUAGUGAGCAACUAAAAUUUCUAUUUAAGAGAAGCCUUCCUGUUCAGGUGGAAGUGUUAGGCUCUGGAGGGAGAUCAUCUCCCUGUGAGGCAAGAAAUGAUGACAUGCAACCCUGAGGGCAUCACAGAGCUGGCAGCACAGCUAGAAGGCAGCAGCCAUGGCUGCUGCUCCCACCCUGCACACUGGCCGCAUGGGCAGCACAGUGCAUGCAGCCCAGAGCUGCAGUUGUUGGUAUAGGUAAGUGAAGCGUGAGUCUUUGUGUUUUGGGGUCACAUGAAUGUAUACACAGACUGAUUGUUGGGUUUAGGGGGUGGGAAAUAGCAGUUCUAGGGAAAAAAAAAAACAAACAAGUAAAA